AAGAAUGAGGAGGAGGGCGCCGGAACGUGGACGCGGCGCUUAGCGCAAAAGCCAGGGCCCCGGGGCGCAGGACACUAGAGAGCGCAGAGGUUUCUGAGCGCUGGCUUCACGCCUUUAUCUUUCUCUCCAUUGACUGGCAAUAAGUGGUUAAUAAAGUGGCGGGAAAAGUUGCUAAACGCUGUUUUAAGGACUAAAUAAACCUAAACGGCUCGAAUACUCCUAACAACUCGUGAGCAAGUCUCAUGCUACUAUGCUUCCUCUCCGAGUUUUCCCUAAUUUGUUUGAUCUCAGCCGUGAUGCAAAUAGAAUCGAUUGUUCUUCAGGGAAGUCACAUGAAUUGCCCAGGGUAGUGUAUUCUAUUUGAAACAAAUCUGUAUUCAUGAAGAGUGACUCCAUACAAACGACAGUAUGUCAAGAAAGGAAAAAAGAUCCAAUAGAAAUUCUUCAUUCUGGGCAGCUGGUGAAAGUCUGUGCCCCAAUGGUUCGAUACUCAAAGUUGGCUUUUAGAACACUAGUGAGAAGAUACUGUUGUGAUCUGUGUUACACACCAAUGAUAGUUGCUGCUGAUUUUGUCAGAUCUGUAAAAGCCAGAGACAGUGAAUUUACCACCAACCAAGGUGAUUGCCCAUUGAUUGUUCAGUUUGCUGCUAAUGAUGCAAGAAUUUUAUCUGAUGCUGCUCGUAUAGUGUGUCCUUAUGCGAAUGGAAUAGACAUUAACUGUGGUUGCCCGCAGAGGUGGGCAAUGGCAGAAGGUUAUGGAGCUUGCUUAAUAAAUAAGCCAGAGCUUGUUCAAGAUAUGGUGAAACAAGUAAGAAAUCAAGUGGAAAACCCCAGAUUUUCAGUUUCUAUUAAGAUAAGGAUCCAUGAUGACCUUACAAGAACCGUAGACUUUUGUCGAAAGGCUGAAGCAACAGGAGUUAACUGGAUUACAGUCCAUGGAAGAACUGUUGAAGAAAGACAUCAGCCAGUCCACUAUGAUACCAUUAAAAUAAUAAAGGAAAACAUGUCUAUACCUGUGAUUGCUAAUGGAGACAUCAGAAGCUUAAAAGAAGCAGAAAAGAUGUGGCAGAUUACUAGGACAGAUGGUGUGAUGGUUGCAAGAGGACUGUUGACAAACCCAGCCAUGUUUGCUGGAUAUGAGCAAACACCACUGCAAUGCAUCCGGGACUGGGUUGACAUUGCUCUUGAACUCGGAACUCCUUUUAUUAGUUUCCAUCAACAUUUAAUGUACAUGAUGGAAAAAAUAACUUCAAGGCAGGAAAAGAGAAUAUUUAAUGUGCUGUCAAGCACAUCAGCAGUUUUAGAUUACCUUACAGACCAUUAUGGCAUUUGACUGGACUUUCCAAAUUAUUUUAAUAUUUUCUCUUAUACCUACAAUGAAAUCAUAUAAGGUCACAUCUUAGUUUUCACUUUAAAUCAGUGGCUCUCAAAGUUUAGUAUAAAAAUAAUCCCUGGGCGCAUUUUUUGAAAACAAGACCUGACUGCAUCCUCAGAUUCUGAUUCAGUGAAUCAGGUGGACCAAGAAAGUUACAGUUUUAAAGAGUCAGGAGCUAGUGGUGUAGCUCAGCGAUAGAACCCUUGCCUAGCAUGCAGAAGGUCCUGGGUUCUAUCCCCAUCACCACCAAGAAAUUAAACUUUACUAAAAAAGCCCAAGUGCUUCAAACAUCCUGGUCAUCCUAGGUCCAAACAUCAAACUCUGCUCUGGAUCUUAGUAUGGAUUGGAGGUUUUAUUGUUUUGUUUUGUUUUUUCUUUCCUAAAGGAAUUCUGUUUUUAACUCUUUUAAAUAAAGCUUAUUUUAAUAUUGUGAAA